CGGCAUGGCCCGCUGGAUCCCCACCAAGCGGGAGAAGUACGGGGUCGCCAUCUACAAUUACGAUGCUGUCCAAGAUGUGGAGCUGUCCUUGCAAGUUGGUGAUACUGUUCACAUUUUGGAGAUGUAUGAAGGCUGGUACCGAGGAUACACGCUCCGAAAUAAAUCUAAGAAGGGCAUUUUCCCAGAAACAUACAUCCAUUUAAAAGAGGCAAUCGUGAAGGACCGGGGACAGCAUGAAACAGUGAUUCCAAGUGAAUUGCCCCUUGGACAAGAACUCACUUCUACCCUGAGGGAGUGGGCAGUUAUUUGGCACAAAUUAUAUGUGGAUAACAAGACGACACAGUUCCGGCACGUCCAACAGCUGACGUACAGCCUGAUAGAAUGGCGGUCACAGAUCCUGUCCGGGACCCUUCCCAAAGAUGAGCUAGCUGAGCUAAAGAAAAAAGUCACUGCAAAGAUUGACUAUGGCAACAGGAUCCUAGGUUUGGACCUGGUUGUACGAGAUGACAAUGGGAACAUCUUGGACCCAGAUGAAACCAGCACAAUCUCUCUCUUCAAGUCCCAUGAAACUGCAUCAAAAAGGAUUGAUGAAAGAAUCCAGGAAGAGAAGUCCCUGCAACAGAAUUUGGACCUCCGAGGGCAGCCCAUAUUCAACACAACACAUACAUACAGCCUGUAUGUAAACUUCAAGAAUUUUGUCUGCAAUAUUGGAGAAGAUGCAGAGCUGUUAAUGAGCCUCUAUGAUCCUGAUCUCUCCAAAUUCAUCAGUGAAAAUUACUUGGUUCGUUGGGGCAGUAAUGGGAUGCCUAAAGAAAUUGAGAAACUAAAUAACCUUCAAGCAGUCUUUACUGAUUUAAGCAGUUCUGACUUAAUCAGACCAAAAAUCAGCUUGGUGUGCCAGAUUGUGAGGGUGGGGCAUAUGGAGCUGAAAGAUGGGAAGAAACACACCUGUGGACUCCGGAGGCCCUUCGGUGUGGCAGUGAUGGACAUAACUGAUAUCAUCCAUGGAAAGGUGGACGAUGAGGAAAAGCAACAUUUUAUUCCAUUUCAGCAGAUUGCCAUGGAAACAUACAUCAGACAGCGACAGCUAAUCAUGUCCCCACUGAUAACUUCCCAUGUGAUCGGAGAGAAUGAGCCCCUCACUUCUGUCUUCAACAAAGUCAUCGCUGCGAAGGAAGUGAAUCAUAAAGGGCAAGGUCUUUGGGUCUCCCUGAAACUGCUUCCUGGUGAUCUAGCACAGGUUCAAAAGGACUUUUCCCACCUUGUAGACAGAUCAACUGCUGUGGCUCGCAAAAUGGGAUUCCCUGAGAUAAUCCUACCUGGUGAUGUUCGAAAUGAUAUCUAUGUCACCCUGAUACAAGGGGAGUUUGACAAAGGGAAGAAGAAGACUCCUAAGAAUGUAGAAGUCACCAUGUCUGUACAUGAUGAAGAUGGAAAUCUCCAAGAGAAAGCUAUCCAUCCUGGUGCUGGUUAUGAAGGUGUCUCUGAAUAUAAGUCUGUUGUUUAUUAUCAAGUCAAGCAACCUUACUGGUAUGAAACUGUAAAGGUGUCCAUUGCAAUCGAAGAAGUCAGUCGUUGCCAUUUAAGAUUCACUUUCCGUCAUCGGUCAUCACAAGAAUCUAGAGAUAAGUCUGAGAGAGCUUUUGGCAUGGGCUUUGUGAAGUUGAUGAAUGCAGAUGGAACAACGCUGCAAGAUGGCAAACACAAUUUGAUUGUUUAUAAGGGUGAUAACAAGAAAAUGGAAGAUGCUAAAUGCUAUUUAACUCUUCCUUGUACCAAAACGGAGGUAGAGGAGAAGGAGGCCUCCUCGGGGAAAAAUCUGCACCAUCUAGCCAACUUCACACCCACUAAAGACAGUACAAAAGACAGCUUCCAGAUUGCCACUUUGAUCUGCUCCACCAAACUUACCCAGAAUGUUGACCUGCUGGGUUUGUUGAACUGGCGUUCUAACUCUCAGAACAUAGCUCACAACCUAAGGAAGCUAAUGGAUGUGGAAGGAGGAGAAAUUGUAAAGUUUUUGCAAGACACCCUUGAUGCACUUUUCAACAUAAUGAUGGAAAUGUCAGAAAAUGAAACCUAUGACUUCCUUGUGUUUGAUGCACUGGUAUUUAUUAUUUCUUUGAUCGGAGACAUCAAGUUCCAGCAUUUCAACCCUGUACUUGAAACUUAUAUUUACAAGCACUUCAGUGCAACCCUGGCAUAUGUGAAACUCACCAAAGUACUGAACUGUUACGUGGGAAAUGCUGAUGACUCCAGCAAGACAGAAUUGCUGUUUGCUGCUUUGAAAGCCCUGAAGUACCUGUUCCGAUUCAUUGUGCAGUCACGAAUACUGUACCUGAGGUUUUAUGAGAAAAGUGAAGAUGGAGAUGAAUUUAAUGAUGCAAUACGCAAACUGUUCCUCUCCUUCAAUGUCCUCAUGGACCGGCCUUUAGAGGAGGCUGUCAAGAUUAAGGGUGCAGCUUUAAAGUAUUUGCCAAGCAUCAUAAAUGAUGUGAAACUAGUAUUUGACCCCGUUGAGCUCAGUGUCCUCUUCAGCAAGUUUAUCCAAAGUAUUCCUGACAACCAGCUGGUUCGACAGAAGCUAAACUGCAUGACCAAGAUAGUCGAGAGUGAGCUGUUCAAACAGACCGAAUGCAGAGAUGCUCUUCUGCCUCUACUAAUAGAUCAGCUAAGCGGCCAGUUGGAUGACAAUUCAAACAAGCCUGACCACGAGGCCAGCUCACAGCUACUUAGCAGUGUUCUUGAAGUCCUGGAUCGGAAAGACGUGGGGCAGACUGGUUUCCACAUCCAGCUGAUCAUGGAACGCCUGCUAAGGAGAGUAAACCGCACGGUGAUCGGAAUGAGCAGACAGUCUCCACACAUUGGUAUUUUUGUGGCCUGCAUGACAGCCAUCCUGAGGCAGAUGGAAGAUUCCCAUUACAACUAUUACAUCAGUACCUUCAAAACCAAGCAGGACAUUAUGGACUUCCUGAUGGAAACAUUCAUUAUGUUUAAGGAUCUGAUUGGAAAAAACGUCUAUGCAGCUGACUGGAUGGUCAUGAAUAUGAUGCAGAGCAGGGUUUUCCUCCGGGCAGUGAACCAAUUUACCACUGUACUCAACCGUGUCUUUCUGGAUGAAGCAAAUUUUGAACUUCAGCUCUGGAAUAACUAUUUCCAUUUGGCAGUGGCCUUUCUCACUCAUGAAUCCCUCCAGCUGGAGACCUUCUCACAAGCCAAACGCAACAAAAUUAUCAAGAAGUAUGGAGACAUGAGGAAAGAAAUUGGCUUCAAAAUAAGGGAUAUGUGGUAUAACCUGGGUCCCCACAAAAAAAAAUUCAUUCCAUCAAUGGUAGGCCCGAUCCUGGAGGUAACUCUGGUCCCAGAGCCUGAGCUACGGAAAGCUACCAUUCCCAUCUUCUUUGAUAUGAUGCAGUGUGAGUUUAACUUCAGUGAGAACAGAAACUUCCACAAGUUUGAAAAUGAGUUGAUAACAAAGCUGGACCAGGAAGUGGAGGGUGGCCGAGGGGACGAACAGUACAAGAUUUUGCUGGAGAAACUCCUCCUGGAGCACUGUCGGAAGCACAAGUACCUGUCUGCUUCUGGGGAGGUGUUUACUCUGCUGGUCAGCAGCCUGCUAGAGAACCUGCUGGACUACCGGACGAUCAUGCAUGAUGAAAGCAAGGAGAACCGCAUGAGCUGCACUGUCAAUGUGCUGAAUUUUUAUAAGGAGAAGAAACGAGAGGACAUUUAUAUCAGGUAUCUAUAUAAGCUCCGGGACCUGCACAUAGACUGUGAGAACUUCACAGAGGCAGCAUACACUCUCCUCCUCCAUGCAGAACUGCUCCAGUGGUCGGAGAAGCCCUGUGUCCCUCACCUCCUGCAGAGGGACAGCUACUAUGUCUACUCACAACAGGAACUCAAGGAAAAACUCUACCAAGAAAUCAUCUCCUUCUUUGACAGGGGCAAAAUGUGGGAAAAAGCCAUUCAGCUAAGCAAAGAGUUGGCUGACAUGUAUGAAAACAAGGUCUUUGAUUAUGAGGGACUUGGUAAUCUCCUGAAAAAACGAGCUACUUUUUAUGAGAAUAUUAUGAAGGCAAUGAGACCUCAAGCAGAGUACUUUGCUGUUGGAUACUAUGGUCAGGGUUUCCCCUCUUUUCUCAGGAAUAAAAUUUUUAUCUACCGUGGCAAAGAGUAUGAACGAAGGGAGGACUUCAACCUGAAGCUCUUGACCCAGUUUCCUAGUGCUGAGAAGAUGACCAGCACUGCCCCUCCAGGAGAGGAGAUCAAGUCUUCUCCUAAACAGUAUGUGCAAUGCUUUAUUGUGAAGCCUGUGAUGAACCUGCCACCUAAUUAUAGAGAUAAACCUGUUCCUGAACAGAUCUUAAACUACUACAGAGCAAACGAGGUACAGCAGUUCACGCACUCCCGACCAGUCAGGAAAGGAGAGAAAGAUCCAGACAACGAGUUUGCUAAUAUGUGGAUAGAAAGGACAACCUACACGACAGCAUAUUCAUUUCCAGGCAUCCUCAAGUGGUUUGAAGUCAAACAGAUUACGACGGAGGAGAUCAGCCCCUUGGAGAACGCCAUAGAAACGAUGGAGCUAACCAAUGAGAAGAUCAGCAACAUUGUCCAACAGCACGUCUGGGACCGGAGUCUUCCUGUACAUCCUCUCUCUAUGCUCCUGAAUGGGAUUGUGGACCCAGCAGUCAUGGGAGGAUAUACCAACUACGAAAAGGCCUUUUUCACAGAGAAGUAUCUUCAAGAACAUCCUGAAGAUCAAGAUAAAAUAGAACUGCUUAAGCAACUGAUUGCUCUACAGAUGCCAUUAUUGGCAGAAGGGAUCAGGAUCCAUGGUGAGAAGCUGACAGAACAGCUGAAGCCUCUACAUGACAGACUGACAGCCUGUUUCAAAGAGCUGAAGAAGAAAGUGGAGAAGCAGUAUGGUGUAAUAACUUUGCCUCCUUCCCUCACCGAAAGGAAACCCAGCAGGUCAGGCUCUGUCGUGUUGCCCUAUAUCAUGUCUUCCACGCUGCGACGGCUCUCUAUCACAUCUGUGGCAUCUUCUGUGGUCUCUACAUCUUCCACCUCGUCUGACAGCACUUCCUCCAGACCGGGUUCGGAUGGAUCUAUUCUGGAGCCUCUCUUGGAAAGAAGAAUAUCAACAGCUUCCAGAGCUGAGGAGCUGCCCAUGAAAGAUGAUGGUGAUAACCGGAUUAGCAAACUCAAGCGGAAGGACUGGAGUGUUAGCAAGUCUCAGGUUAUUGUAGAGAAGGAGCCAGAAACAGAACUGACUUCCAAAAUGGGCAUGUCAGGAAAAGCACAAAGACCAAAGAGUCUUCAAUUAGGAGACAACAGAAUGACUUUGCUUCAGAGUUCUUCACUCCAGCAAUCAAUGCCUCGAAGCCCACCACCGAUCACUCCCAAAACCCCAAGAACCCAAAGUUUUCCCUCAUUGCAAGCUGAUGGAUUGGCAACUUCUAGCUUACAGAGCACCCCACCCCCACCUCCGCCCAAAAGCAAACCCUAUGAGAAUAGCAACCCCAGGAAUUCUGUGGAGGUUGCUCCACCACUACCCAGCAGACGUGAAGCCAAACCUCCCCCUCCACCCCCAAAAACCAGAAAAUCCAGCGUUGUCUCGUCAGAGCAAGGGUUGCAGUGA